GGCACCAGGCAGAGGUGUGGUCUACAUACUCUUAUCUAUUAAUACUGGGAGCUUAUGUCCCCCUUCAUUAUCAGUCUUCACAUGUAGCCUGGAGUACCAAAAAUGAAGAAGCUAGCCUUGCCGGAAUCCAUCACUCUCGCCGGAAAGAGGCCGAUAUUUGCAGCCGAAUGCUGGCUCGAUGACGCAUGUAUCCUCGACAUGGACUACUUUGUCAAGACUCUCUCUGGAAUUAAGGCCAAGGGCGUUCGACCUGACCUAAUUGGUUCGAUCAUAGCACACUAUGCUUCUAAGUGGCUUCCGGAAUUAUUAACCGAUGACGAAAAGGGGCUAACGAUCUUUGAGGAGUCACCGGAGAGUGCUACUACUUCAUGGAUGAAGAAAAGGUUUUUUGUCGAAACGCUAGUGGGAAUUCUCCCUCCAGAGAAGGACUCCAUUCCGUGCAACUUCCUUCUGAGGCUGCUCCGGACGGCUAACAUGGUUGGGGUUGAGCCAACAUAUCGCGCUGAGCUAGAGAGCCGGAUAUCAUGGCAGCUCGACCAAGCUUCACUGAAGGAGCUGAUGAUUCCUUCCUUUUGCCACACCUGUGCGACUUUACUGGAUGUUGAGCUUGUCAUGAGAUUGGUGAAGAGGUUUGUGAACAUGGAUGCUGCUGCUAAGAGUGGAGCUGCCCUCAUUAAAGUUGCGAAGCUCAUUGACUCCUAUCUUGCAGAGGCUGCCGUUGAUUCCAAUUUGACAUUGCAGGAGUUUGCCUCUCUUGCCGGUGCUCUCCCCAGCCAUGCCCGAUCAACAGACGAUGGGCUAUACCGGGCCAUCGAUACUUAUCUCAAAGCACAUCCCGGGGUGUCCAAGCAAGAUAGAAAGGUACUUUGCAGGAUAAUAGACAGCCGAAAACUCUCGCCGGAGGCCUCUUUCCAUGCAGCUCACAAUGAACGUUUACCAGUCCGAGCAGUGAUCCAAGUGCUCCUCUCAGAGCAAACCAAGCUCACCCGGCAGCUAGACUGGAGCGGUUCCUUCAGUGGAACCCGAAGCCCCAAGCCUGGAGUACUUGAGCAUCCAUCUAGGUGUCCCUCCAAGCGCGAAAUAUCGUCUCAACAGACGGAGAUAAGGAGGUUGAGAGAGGAAGUUAGGAGGCUUCAAGGGCAGUGCAGUGCGAUGCAGGGACAGAUAGAGAGGUUGCUGGAGAAGAAGAAGGGGUUGUUCAAGUGGAAGAAGUUGGUAAUGCCUUCAUUCAGAUCUACUGGGGUUGAUGCUGGAAGCAUUGGGGAGAAGAUCCAAGAAAGAGAAGAAGGAGAAGGAGAAGGAGAGGCUGCAUUUGGGCAGCAAACGCCUCUGGAUUUCAAGAUCACGAAGACAAGGCUGGUUCGAGGAAAAACUCCUCCCAAGUGGAGGAAUUCCUUGUCUUGAAACUUAGACCAGAGUUCCAGAACUGACUUCAGUUAUUUUGUUAUCUAUUGAUUGGUAACUUGUGGGUUGAACAACA